CAUGAAGUUGUGAAGAGCCAAAGCUACAUUUACAUACCACAAGUGAAGGCCUAUCAAUAAACAGUAGCGCUUGAAAUUGAUGUGGCAAAGUAAACUGCGAAAAGUGUCAGUAAUCGAAAUUUUUCCACUUCGCACUGCGAAAUGCAAAGAGCGACAACGAUUGUGAACGCAGCGCUGUGCCACGCACCAGAAAAGACAACAACAACAACGACGCAUGCCAAUAGAAAGAUGAACGAAUAUCAGCAGCAAACACCGAAGUUGAAGAAAAAACAAUACAAAUUGCAACAAAAAUAUUUGGAGUUUUUGUUUGGCGAAAUGUCGAAUUUCCAGUUCCGCAUUGUUGUGAUGCCACAACGUCUGCAGAUGCGUCUACUAUUGCCGCCGAUUGCGUGUUUCGCUACACUGUCACUUGUAGUGUUGUUGUUGGCGGCGAUGCCAUCUGUUUGUCAGGCAGUAGGUUACUCAUAUACGCGUUUUUCUGGUCCGGUUACCGGACCAGAGCAGAAGAUAAUCGUACAUGAUGGGCUGGUGGACAGCGGCGUCGGUGUUGGUGGCGGCGGUGGUGGAGCGCGUGUGGACUUUAUUGCCAAACCGGCCUACGAAUUCGCCUAUGGCGUAGAAGAUGCACAGGCGCGUCUAUUGCAGAAUCGUCAAGAGACUCGCGACGGCGAUGCGGUAUGGGGUUCGUACAGCGUUGUGGAUCCAGAUGGCAAUUUGCGUGUGGUCAAAUAUACGGCGGAUCACGAGAACGGGUUUCAAGCCGAGGUUACGUCGAACGGCCUUGGCACAACGGUACACGGUCAUCAGCCAGUGUCGUAUACGCCUUUACAAAAUCCUCCACCGACGACUCCUCCCCCGUUACGAUACUUUCCGUUUGUGGUGCAACAUCCCGUUAUACAAAAUAAUGAUACCGUUUACUAUGAGGACGAGCAGGAUGGUGAAACCGAGGAUUAUGAAGAGCAUAAAGUGAAUAAAGGAAAGCGCGUGGAAGCGUAUGAUGAUGAGGAUGAAUAUGAGGGGAAAGGUGAUGCAGACGAAGAUGGCGACGAACAUGAUGAACACGAGGAAUAUGAUGCCGAUGAGCAUUCUUUAGAGGAGGAUGGUGAAGAUUAUUAAUAAUUAAGUAUAUACAUAAGUAUUUUGUGAAUAAUAUUUU